AUGGUUCGCAUUGCCUUCGCAACAGUUCUGACCAUUGCGGUCACUGCCCUCGCGCAACUGAAGACGAACGAUGCCGGCGCAAGAAAUGUUGGAAAGGGAGACGGCUCUCAGUUCAUCACCGGUGGCUGCGUCAACGAUGCCGACUGCUCGUCUGCUUGCUGCGCAGACUUAAGUGGCAUUGGUAUCUGCUCAGCAGAGGCGGCAGCAUUUCAAGCUGGAAAGAAUGGGUGCAACUUUGUCGACCCCAAUGCGGCGGCAACCAUUGCUGCGGCUCAGGCCCAAGUUGAGAAGCAGGGUUUCUAG